CAGUAGAGUGUAGGAUUCGCGUGCCGCUGGAAGUUUCACAUUUUAUAAUCGUGCUGGAUUCGCGUGGAAUAGUUUAGACAUGGCGACUGAAGAUUCGCCGAGGAAGCGUCCUGCUAACGGCACCCAGAGAAGGCACAACAAGCCUCUAAUCGAGAAGCGACGGAGAGCCCGGAUCAACGAAUGCCUGUCCCAGCUUCAGUCGCUGGUGUUGAAAGCUACCACUACAGAGGGCCCAAGACCCAGCAAGCUUGAAAAGGCUGACAUUUUGGAAAUGACGGUGGACUACAUCAAGAAGACUCGCGCUGUCGCUGACGAUGGUGCUUCCCGUGUGCCCAGUCCCGGAAUCCAACAGCAGUAUGUGGCCGGGUACGAGAAGUGUGUGAAGGAAGUCAUGCAGUUCCUUGAAACACACAAUAACAUCACCCAUGACAUUCGGGACAAGAUCACCACCCACUGCCAGGACAAACUACAGGAGAAAGCCCAGUCUGUUGAACCCAUGGAGGGCAUAAAAUGGGAGAAGUCGGACGACGAGAGUGAUCCACCAUCAGCCAGUGAACCAUCUUCGCCUGAUAUUGCUAAAUCAACGACCCCCGUAGAUGUCAUUAAACAGGAGGAGCGACUUCCGGUCCAGAACACGGCCUAUGUGACGCCUCUACUACAACAGUCCAGCCCGGAGACGUCUCCGGUGAAGCAGGCAACUCUGCAACAGGUGUCUGGCCCUAUCAAGCUUGUGUGCGGAGGUGACAUUUUAAUACUCCUGGACUCGGCGUCAACACCAAAUAUUGUGAACCCACCCACCAUUCCAAAAAUACACUUCGGUCAGCCAACUUCUGUCCAUCCACUUCCGGAAAUGUACCCAUCAUGCAAUGUAAACAUGUUAGGCGGAAGUGUAGCUCAAGGAACCGUUCCGUAUCCCGUGUACAGACUCUCCAAUAUUCCAAUUGCAGGAAUCACUUCUACGAGUGCCAUUCCGACUAGCAUGCAGUCAAUCCAAGUGCCCAGUCAAGCUCAGAACAAACUGCAACUUCCUAUUGGGAACGUCAUCACCAGCAACGGCCAGCCACUGCCGCAGAAUUGUCACGUUGCUGGUCAGCAGUCAACAGCGUCAAUGUGGAGACCAUGGUGACCCCCUAGAUUGUUUCCUACGAUAAGAUGAAUACGUCCCAGCUUUAAUCUGUAUAUAAUAUUUAUAUAUAUGAACGCGGUGUAUGUUACAGAGGGCUUUAAAGAGAGUGUCUGUUGAUGUGUACAUGUAUAUGAUCAAGAGGGUGAUUGUAAUAUGGGAUGUGUAAUACAAGUGCCCAUGAACCUGCAACCUGCUGUGCUGACCAGUUCUACUUCAUUAUUCCAUCAUAGACCGUCAUAGGGCAGGGUAUACUUACUUUGUGGUGUUUGGUUGGCAAUGCCAUGACGUUUGGUAUGCAUCCAUGUCGAUAUAUAGCCAGGAUACAAACAAACAUACACCAUGUGAUAUCCUUCAAGAUGGUAUAUCCCUUACGAUAACACCUAUGUUUAAGAUAUCAUGAUGUAUUCGUUAAGAUAUCAUGAUGUAUUCGUUAAGAUAUCAUGCCUCAUUAUUUAAGACAACGUAUUCUAACCUUAUACAUAGCAUGCUCUGUCUUAAACACAAUGAUGUAUGUAUAAAGAUACAAUGUCUAUUAUUUAAGACAACAUAUUCUAACCUUUAAAGAUAACAUGUUCUGUCUUUGAAUAUAUCACCUUAAACUCUUUAACAUACCAUGUUCUGUCCUCACAGGUAAUAUCCCUGAGAUUAUCAUGGUCUGUGGUUAAACAUACCAUGUUCUGUCCUCACAGGUAAUAUCCCUGAGAUUAUCAUGGUCUGUGGUUAAACAUACCAUGUUCUGUCCUCACAGGUAAUAUCCCUGAGAUUAUCAUGGUCUGUGGUUAAACAUACCAUGUUCUGUCCUCACAGGUAAUAUCCCUGAGAUUAUCAUGGUCUGUGGUUUAACAUACCAUGUUCUGUCCUCACAGGUAAUAUCCCUGAGAUUAUCAUGGUCUGUGGUUAAACAUACCAUGUUCUGUCCUCACAGGUAAUAUCCCUGAGAUUAUCAUGGUCUGUGGUUAAACAUACCAUGUUCUGUCCUCACAGGUAAUAUCCCUGAGAUUAUCAUGGUCUGUGGUUUAACAUACCAUGUUCUGUCCUCACAGGUAAUAUCCCUGAGAUUAUCAUGGUCUGUGGUUAAACAUACCAUGUUCUGUCCUCACAGGUAAUAUCCCUGAGAUUAUCAUGGUCUGUGGUUAAACAUACCAUGUUCUGUCCUCACAGGUAAUAUCCCUGAGAUUAUCAUGGUCUGUGGUUUAACAUACCAUGUUCUGUCCUCACAGGUAAUAUCCCUGAGAUUAUCAUGGUCUGUGGUUAAACAUACCAUGUUCUGUCCUCACAGGUAAUAUCCCUGAGAUUAUCAUGGUCUGUGGUUAAACAUACCAUGUUCUGUCCUCACAGGUAAUAUCCCUGAGAUUAUCAUGGUCUGUGGUUAAACAUACCAU